CCCAGUUUUCCCUUAGCUUCCGCGCACCCCCCCGCUCUGGCCGAUGAAAGAGCGAGCCAGACCGAGAGAGGGGGGGAGCUCUCGUAGCGGCGCGCACGCCGCGCCGGCAUCGGCCCUCUCGCUGUUUCGUGAUUCUCCCGCUAUCCGUCGUUGCUUUUCUGUCUCUGCCUGUCUCCUAGCGGCUCGUGAGUGUAUUGCACGGGGAGGGGCGGGCGGGGCGAGCGACAGUCACACUAGUCGACUAGUCACAGUAGUCAGUGUCCACGGGCGAACCCGAGGCAGAGGUAACGCACUUUUGCCGCCGCUCCGAUUUCGCUGAGCGAGACGCUGCCGCGCGCGCGAUCAAAAACCCGUACGUUUUUUUCUUCGUAAAAGUGCUCAAUCAAAGCCCCGCGCCUCCCAAGCAAAAAUUGUCCUGUAGUGUUAGAAUGCUGAGUCUCGUAGCAGCCUCGAGAGGGAAGAGGACAGUGGCGAGAGCGAAGGAACGUUGGUGAGAGAUCGGCGAAGAGUGCGGCAAGAGAGCCACGCGGCGCAGCCGAGGCAUCGAGAGCAGCGUUACAAGCGAUUGUGAAUAAAACGUCGUUGAAUUAGGGAGAGGGAAGAAGCGCGAGGCUAGACGCACAAGCGGGGAUCGACUCGGCGAGGGAAAGCGUCGAGAACGAGAGGAGCCGCGAGAACCGACAGUGCGCGUUUCGCUGCCCGCUUCAUCCGGAUUUCCCCGUCUCCGCACCGCCGAAUACCCGCUUCCGGUUCUCCCGCAAACCCUCGAUACUCCCCCGUAACCGAAUCCGCCGAGGGGUUCAAGCCUCCCGGAAAGAAAGCCCUCGUUUCGCGCCCCGAAGCGACCCUGCCACGAGGACGAUUCCACGGGGAGCCUCGAACACGACAGCACCAGAAGGCGCCCGCAAUUGAGCCGGCCUAAGGUGCCCCGGGGCCGCAGAUGGGAGCGGGUCUUCCAGGACCCGACUGGGCGCUCGACCCCCCAAACGGCAAAGGACACGCCGCCUCGCCACCCUCCUAUCACCGACGCAACCCACGAUCUGGCCACUCUCACGUCCCCGGAAUAAAACACAUCGCUAAACUGGCCGGACUCCCGCGCCGCAUCAAACAGCGCACGUUUCCCCUGAUCAGGCCUCUCAAACUCGAUCAAGCUGGAAUUGAUGGAGUUGGAGAAUAUCGUGGCCAACACUGUGUACCUCAAAGCCAGAGAAGGCGGUGGUGACAGCAACAAGGGGAAGAGUAAAAAAUGGCGGAAAAUACUCCAAUUCCCCCACAUAUCGCAAUGCAUAGCACUAAAAGAUAAGCUCGACAUAAGUUACAACUAUGUGGUCGAUCAACAACCGAUCGGUCGACUCCUCUUCCGGCAGUUCUGCCAGGACAAGCAUCAAUCGUUUCAUCGUUACAUACUCUUCCUGGAUGCCCUGGGAAGGUACGAGAUUGAGAUGGAUGAGAAUCGAAUGGAAUUGGCGAAGGAUCUCUUCGAGCAGUAUCUCAGGAGCAACAACUCCGAGGUCGUCGAUAUACUCAACGAUUCCUUGAUCGCCGAAUGCGAGGAGCGGCUCGGCUCCGGGGGAAAAGAACUCUUCGUCGAUGUAUCUCAGACCGUGAAAAAUUUUCUCGCUGGCGAACCCUUCUCGCUGUUCCUCAACAGCGUCUACUUCUACAGGUAUCUCCAGUGGAAGUGGCUCGAGGGUCAAGUCGUCACGUACAAGACGUUCCGCAUGUAUCGAGUGUUGGGGAAAGGUGGAUUCGGGGAAGUAUGCGCAUGCCAGGUACGAGCCACGGGGAAAAUGUACGCGUGCAAGAAACUGGAGAAAAAACGGAUAAAGAAGAGAAAGGGCGAGGCAAUGGUGUUGAUAGAGAAGAACAUACUGCAAAAGAUAAAUUCUAAAUUCGUCGUCUCGUUGGCAUACGCGUACGAGACGAAGGACGCCCUCUGCCUCGUAUUGACGAUCAUGAACGGCGGUGAUCUCAAAUUUCACAUUUACAAUAUGGGCGGUGAGCCUGGUUUUGACAUUGGGAGAGCGAGAUUUUACGCGGCCGAGGUUGCCUGCGGCCUGGAACAUCUCCAUCGCCAAGGAAUCGUUUAUCGAGACUGCAAACCCGAGAACAUUCUCCUCGACGAUCACGGCCACGUGAGGAUAUCCGAUCUUGGUCUGGCGGUCGAAAUCAUGGAGGGCGAUAUGGUCAGGGGUCGAGUCGGCACCGUCGGCUACAUGGCACCGGAAGUCAUUGACAACGAGAAGUACACUUUCUCCCCCGAUUGGUUCAGCUUCGGCUGCCUCCUUUACGAGAUGAUCGAGGGCCAGGCCCCGUUUCGGGCCCGCAAAGAGAAGGUCAAACGCGAGGAGGUCGACCGACGCGUCAAGGAAGAUCAGGAAAAAUAUUCUCACAAAUUUACCGAGGAGGCUAAAAGCCUUUGCCAACAGCUGUUGAAGAAAAAUCCGAAACAUCGGCUCGGCUGCAAAAGCGGCAGGUACGGAGCGAAGGAAGUCAAACUUCAUGCCUUCUUCCAGUGCCUCAACUGGAAGAGGGUCGAAGCUGGCAUGACGGAACCUCCGUUCAUCCCGGAUCCGCACGCGGUUUACGCCAAGGACGUACUCGACAUAGAACAAUUCUCCACGGUUAAAGGAGUAAAUCUCGAUGCAACGGACGACACGUUUUACAGUCAAUUUAACACAGGAUCGGUUUCGAUCCCCUGGCAAAAUGAGAUGAUCGAGACCGAGUGCUUCAAGGAGCUCAAUGUACUCGGCCCGAACAGCUCGCCAACUCCGGAUUUGUUGGUCAAUUAUCCGCCAGCAAACAACGAGAAUCGUGGCUGCUUUCCGUUUCGAAGAAAGAAGAAGCAGAGCGCCAGAACCCGAGAAAUACCACUUUCGGAAUGCCAUCUGUUGGAAUUGUCGCAGAGCCAAAAUUCCGAGAUGCCAGCCAGCUGAUCCAGGUUGAAUUCCGGAAAUGUGAACACACCGACGAAAUCAUCGUCGGUGGGACGUACAUCGCGAUGCUGUAUAUGAAAUCCGUCCACGAGAUGAAUAAUCUCAUGGAUUUCGCAGCGUGACGACGACGACGACGACGACGUUCGAUAACAUCGCGUCCUUUUGGCGUCUCGUGGAAGAGAUGAGGUCUCGGACGCGACAGAAAAUCAUAAAGAGAGAGAGAGAGAGAGAAAGAUGAAACAAAAAUGGACGAGAAUCGCACAAGAACGAUCGUUUAUCCAAGAAGGAAAAAGAUCCGAGGGACCAGUUGAGGUCAUUCGAAUUUUUUUCCCCUUCCCUCGUCGUGAUCGGAGUUCUUUUUUGCUUUUUUGACGUCCCACGCACCCGGCGAUCUGGGUCUUGGUCCCGAAAGAAAGUUGGCGAAAAGCUCGGAAACGAAGAGACUCGUGUAUGUUACGUAAGCACAUUUUCGAACAUAAGCACAAACACGUACGGACGAAUACACACGCACACUAACUGGACCGAGUCGCCGAGAGUGAAAGAUGAAGCUGAAGAAAAAAGCAAGCCAUUCUGACACGACGACAACGAAGAUAAUUGAUCACGCUAGUGGAGAGACGUUACGGCGUCAGGAGUAAUGAUGCCGAUCGAUUUGCUACUCGUUUCAGUGUUCGUCAAUCCAGAUGGAAUGUGGGAUUAAAAUAAUAAGAAAUUCCUAAUAAUCUUUGGGAAGCUCCCGAUAGUCUCUUGUUCAACAAGCCACGCGGUUCAAGGUCCCGAAAUUAUCGUCCCUCUGGCUUUGGCUGUCAUAAUACACCAACGAAAACAGUUGGAAGAUAUUCGUCUCGUAAAUUUCAAAAGGAAAACAAGUGAGGGAAACGAAGACGAGUAAAGCACUAUAUAUUUAUAUUCGUACAACUUUUCUUCGCGUAAAUGUCUCUAUUUUGGGAAAUUUCGAUACAAACGAGUCUACCGAAGCAUCUCUUUAGUCUGCAUGGGACAACAACAAAAUCAUUCACUGCUCGUGAAUUCCGUCGAACAUAUUUGUGUGUAUUUUUAGCUCUUGCGAAGAUUUUUUCGUAGUUGAAAGCCAUUUUUUAACUACGCACGAACAUUACUCUGAUGCGUGCUCAUCGCGUGACACACUUUUCAUAGAGAUCUCAAUUCCUGCACUGUCCGAAGUUCUCCUUCUGUAUUUGAUUGCUAGUUUUUCAUUUUAUUUGCUCAAAUAAGUUGCAGCAGAAAAGAGCAGUGGCCGUUUCAGGCUUUCCUCGGGGGCACAAAUUUUCAAAUACUUUCCAACUCGAAUUGCGAGAAACUGAAGAAAAUUCCUGCCCGAGAUUGUUCCUUUGGAAUUAUUAGUACAGAGUUACUUACCAAAAAUCCACUUGCUCAAGAAACACGCUUCACUGACUAAAUUCUCUUCGAGCCAAUACAAUGUUCCAAAAAAUACAAAACUCAUUGUUGUACAAUGAAAACUUAAAGCAUGGAAAUCAUGCCAAAACAAGUGACUAAACCAACGAACCUGCCUUUUUUGAAACAAGUAGUGUCGAAUCAUUUGUAAGCUUUACAAUUUUAUAUCAAGCGCGCGAAUAAUAAAACAAGGAAACCAGUAGUUGUGAAACGGGAACUUAAAAGAUAACAGUUUUCAUCCAACUUUUCGUAAACCUCUUCAGGUUUUUUCGAACUUUGUCCCACCGGAGAUACGAACACUUCCAAGAACUUUCCGUUGCAUCCGAAUAAUUGGCUCAGAAAAGUGAAUUUUUCUACAAACAUACGUUAGCACGAAAUUCUCAUCGUUUCGUACUCGAAAAUUCUUCUCAAACGAUCCUGCAGAAGAAAAAAAUAUACACAAAUAUAUUCGCCGACGCCCACAUGAAACGUGCUCGUGACACAAGCGUUAAUUAUAAUUCAAUAACGCAUAAGCUCGUUUAAUGAAUUGAGAGGUCUGAUUCGCAAAUAGUCAUACACACACAAACUCUCGGGCGUGAAUUAACUAAAUGAAGUAUCAAUGAUAACGAAAGUUAUUAGGAUAUUCCGGAAGAAAGGCAGUCGCACAGAAAGCAGAAGAAAAAUGAAGCGGAUCGUGAUCGUUCGUAGGACGCGAGACGACUGAAAAGUUCGAGUCCCGAGUGCGAGAAACGGACGACCGUGAUAGACGGAAAGAUUUUUGUUGAUUUUUAUAUCGCUUACAAACUCGUAUAAAAUUUGCACAAAAAAAGCGCACGAAUCCAAUACCAAAGUGUUUGUAAAAAGGUGGAAAAAAAAACAAUUAAAAAAAUCGACAGUUGCGAGCAAAUCGACGUGUUUCUCGAAAAAGCCUCUUGCUGAAACGCGAUAAAUCGUCCUAGCUGUUGUCCAAGCAUCAAGGCGCAGUCCCCGUCGUACAACGAUGAGAGGUACACGACUGAAACGUAGUUCUCGUGCAUUUAUCAAUUAAACUCUUUUUGCUACUGAAAAGAGGAAAAUAAAAAUAAGCCAGCGGAGCUUUGUUUACGAUCGAUUGGAAUUGGGUGUGUGUGUAAGCGAGCGAUUUAUUGCAAGGAAUUAUAUCGUCGAAUGGGGGCACCUCUCGAUAUACUUGAAAAAUAUAAACGUGCUAUCGAACGGAGCUGCACUCGCUGUGUCUAGAGUUAUACAUGAUAAUUUAUCUCGAAAUUGGACUCUAAAUAACUCAACUAAUUUGCUACACUUCGUUACCUCGUGACACGAAGAUUGGAAGCCUGCAAAUAUAUUUUUUCGAUACACUUCUCAGAGGGAGAAUAACAAUCUGACAAUUUGUUUUUUUAAGCCAUUCGAUGAAUUCGAAUAUACGAAAGAAAAUGCGUCGAAUAUAUCUAUUUUUGUGAAAAAUAGAUAGCUCAAAAAAAUCCAAUGAAAUGGGGAAGAGCAAAAAUGUUAAUGUUUUUUAUCAGGUACGAAGAGGAAGGCCCAACUCUGCGUCGAAAUGUCGUACGACGUAAGGUUUUUUAGUCAUGCAAAAGAAAAGACUUUAGAGAAAGCCGUGCCAGUAGCGUGCGUUAGUGUCAACCGAAUCCCUCCUCGCGUAGUGUUUACCAUUGUUUUUUUAAAACUAUCACAGUGCAAAAGUUGCGCCGCUGUUGAAGCGAGUUCUCGACCGAGAUUUUGGCGCCGCCCUGCGACGACCCUCGGAGCUGUCAAAUCAUAUUUUUUGGCAACACGAAAUUUUCCAUCCUUUUGUUUUUCGAUCGCCUCGGAGAUGAAUCAUCCUCGAGUCUCAAUCCUCGUCGGGAGAACUGAAAUGAAGUUUAAAGAAAAAGGCUCGUGCCUGUAUACGACGUUGUAGGUUAUAGUUAACUUAAAUUAAUUCACCUUGACUGUGUACGACUCUUACGCGUGUGUUCAUUACUUUCAUUGACGAACGAUACAAUGAGAAACUAAUUUGUAUCAUACCGAGACGAAUUUGUCGCGAAAUAUUGCGUCAUAACUGAAUUUAGUUGACAUAAACUUCUGUUUAAAGAUGUUUUAUGCUCCUUUGAAUUGUUCAUUGUCCACAAAGCAGUUAUCGAUAAUAUGAAAAGUGGAAAUUAUUAUCGAUCGAUAGUCGUGCUCUAUUCAGGUACAAAUGUGUCAAUAUAUUAAUACCGUUCUGUCGAAUGCACAAUUCUGACAUGAAUCAUCUGCCUCAGAAUGUAGUCCUAACCUCACUUCGAAUGAUUUUUUAUAUCGUGCAAUUCUCGCGUUUGAUAUUUUUUAUUCCGAGACAAAAAGAGCUCAACAAGGAAUAUCAUUUUUCAUAUCGAUCGUAAAAAUCGUAUGAGCUGUUGGAAGCGAAAAUCAUGUAAAAAUCGUAAACGUGGCCGGGUCGCGUCGUAGCAAUUGCAGUGCGAUCUUUGUCGUCCCAAAGAUCGCCUUUUUGUGUAUAUUCUUGUUGUUGCUGCCUCGAUUCGCAUCGUUGUUGACAGUACUUUUCCAUUCCACCCAAGUGUUUCUUUAUCGUGUCCGUUGCCCUUCCCAUCCUUCGUAUUUUCACACACCUCCUCACUUUCCAAUCGCGUAUAUAUAGACGCGUGAUUGGUUCUCUAGGAAUUAUCACUGUAGCGGUUAAGUACAAUGUCGUCGAUUGUAAAACAGCCUAGGUGUAAAAUACGUAUUCUUAUUUAUAUUAGCUAUAUUAAUAAAUGAAUAAAUAUAUGAAUAUAAUUAUCAUAAGUAAAUAAGCCAUACCGAGAUAAAAAUGAGAAACGAGAAACAAAAUAAAAGGAAAACGUAAACAAGAAUGAAAGAACGAAGAAGAAAGACGAAACAAAUGACUGGCACAUUACUGUCCACACCUGUCAAAGUCAUAAAAAAGAGUGAAAAAAAAAAAAACAUCGUAAGAAUGCUAUUAAUAACAAUAUUGUUACGUAAAA